CAUUCACCCCAUCAUCUAUCCACCUUCCUAUCACCUUCCUUCUCUCCCGCUCUCUUGCUCAUAGAAGAAAGCAGAGAUAUGGAGUUCGAUUCCUUCCCUUGGCUGGGGUCUCUACACAUUACACCCUGCUUCCUCUUCUUCUCCUUCGCAGCUCUCUUCUCCCUCUUCUCCUUGCUCCUCUUGGUCCUUCGGCUGCUCCAGCCGUGGUGCUCGUGCGACACGUGCCGCACGUACCUCACCGCCAGCUGGGCCUCGGAGUUCGAUAACCUCUGCGAUUGGUACGCCCACCUCCUCCGCCGCUCCCCCACCGGCACCAUCCACGUCCACGUCCUCGGCAACACCAUCACCGCCAACCCCGACAACGUCCAUCACAUCCUCAAGUCCCGCUUCGAAAACUAUCCCAAGGGCAAGCAAUUCUCUGCCAUAUUGGGGGAUCUCUUGGGUAAAGGUAUAUUCAAUGCCGAUGGCGAUAAUUGGAAGUUCCAGAGGAAGAUGGCGAGCCUCGAGCUCGGGAGCCUGUCAGUCCGGUCCUAUGCAUUUGAAAUUGCGGGGUCCGAGAUUCGGACCCUGCUUCUCCCCUUGUUCGACUCGGUGAUCGCUAAAAGUUUAAGUAGGACCCCUGCCGGGACGAGGCCGCUUGACCUCCAGGAUGUUUUCAGGAGAUUCUCCUUCGACACGAUCUGCCGGUUCUCGUUCGGGUUGGACCCUGGCUGCAUGAACCUGUCCCUCCCGAUGUCCGAGUUUGCCGUGGCAUUCGAUGCAGCCUCGAAGUUGUCCGCCGAACGAGCAAUGACGGCCUCUCCAUUAGUGUGGAAGGUCAAGAGGCUGCUAAAUUUGGGCAGCGAGAAGAGGCUGCGAGAGGCCAUCGAAUUGAUCAAUGUAUUGGCUGACGACGUGAUCAAGCAACGGCGUGAGAUGGGCUUCUCGGCCCAAAACGACCUAUUGUCGAGAUUCAUGGGUUCCAUCCAAGAUGAUCAGUUCCUCCGGGACGUCGUCGUGAGCUUCCUACUGGCCGGCCGAGACACCGUGGCUUCGGGCCUCACAGGGCUUUUCUGGCUUCUCUCUCAAAACCCGAAAGUGGAGGAGGCCAUCAGGGUGGAGGCGGCCCAGGUCAUGGACCCGACCCAGGAUGUGGCCACCUUCGAGCAGAUCCGGACCAUGCAUUACUUGCAUGCGGCUGUGUACGAGAGCUUGAGGCUCUUCCCGCCCGUGCAGUUCGACUCGAAGUUCGCUUUGGAGGAUGAUGUGCUACCGGACAGGACUUAUGUGAGGAGGGGAACUCGGGUCACAUACCACCCGUACGCGAUGGGCCGGAUGGAGCGGCUCUGGGGUCCGGACUGCCUCAAGUUCAAGCCCGAGAGAUGGUUGAAGGGUGGAGUCUUCUCACCCCAGAGCCUUUACAAGUUCCCAGUGUUCCAAGCCGGGCCUAGAGUAUGCCUUGGCAAGGAGUUGGCAGUGGUUGAGAUGAAAACCGUUGCGCUCGCUCUCAUCCGGAAGUAUAACAUUUGCGCUGCAGACUCAAGCUGGGCGCCACGAUUUGCCCCGGGCCUUACCGCCACAUUCAGAGGCGGUUUGCCUGUGGUCAUUUCGGCCCGACCGCUAUCGUAGGGUCCAUGUAAACUUGAUACACAUGAGAACAGGAAAUAUAGAGAAUGGGGAUAUUUGUGAACAAUUUGAACUAUGUGUAGAUGAAAUAUUGCUAACGUUCAUAUACGUACAACGCACACUCUAACACGGACUUAAGUUAAAACAGUUAAUCCUAGGCAAUAUAAUCGGUGGUCAAUUAAA